AAGCACCAUUGGCAUCGGUGUCGCACAGUGUUGAUCCCCUUUGUGAUAGAUGUCGCCCCAUGCCUUUGAUGCGCACGAGCACAAGAAGUGUCCACAGAUGUGGCUGAAAGUUGGGCAGUGGUAUCUAGGGAUAGCCACCAGGCAGACCAACUCCAUCUCCGAAGCAGGGGCCAGCAUUGCUGGGACUUGUGAGACCGGCGCUUUGAGGGGGUGGAUUGGCAAACACAUCACAAUUGGACGGGUGCUGUCGGUCGAGACGACAAUCGGAGUCACCAUCAGUUGAUAGGGCUCCAAGUCCUUCUGGGCAAGGCCUGAAGGCUGAAGGUAUAGGGUGGCUGGUUUCAAUAGAUAGAGAUCGUUAGGGCUGAUUGCUGCCCCUGUAGCUUGCUCACAGAAGGGCCUUUGCAAGGGGGCCAAAACGUACAUUUUGCCACUAAUAUUAAAGUGAUGGGGGAUAUACUCCGCCAGGCUCAGCUGAUCUGCCUAUUUGGCAGAAAGUGAAGCUGAAGUGAGAGAAGUCCUGUUGUGUCAUGCGCACAUUUCCCCUGGUUAGCAACUCUCCGCUGCAGAUGCAUCAGUAUCUCAAGCGCCAUAGAAUAUUUUUGUGCAAAGCCAACCAGGCCAAGCCACAUUGGAGUUGCGGCACUGACUAGGAUGACAUGAGAAAGCCAUCGUUCACAGCGUAAUUCAAAGUUGCCUCAGGGCGCACGCAUCAGCGGUUAUAAACUGGAAUACCUUCACAACAAUGAAGCUUACGUAGCUCUUGAUAGUUCCUGGUUAGUGGUCACUUAAGCCCCCUCCCGCCAGCUCUUGUUGCUGGUUGGACAAAGUGCCCUCUGGUCAGGAGUGUGGUGGUUACUUGAUUGAUGGCACGCUCCAAGUCUCCCUGGCCAUCCCUGCGGGCUACUGUGGUUUCCCUCUUAGGUUCUGGCCGCCUGCCGCUACUGUCACUCUCCCUCAUCCUAGUUGUUGUUGUUUACUUUCAAAUAGUGGCAGUCUCAAGGCUGGGCCCCAAGGUCCAGCCGUUUGAGGGGUUUGGGACCCUCGGGGAGAAGGAGGCGCAACGGGUCGUGCAGGAGAAGAAAACAGAGGCGCGGAAGCUUCCGAGCUCCAUCGGGUGCCCUGACAGUCCCCGUGACGUGCCUGCUGACGUCAUCUUUUCGGCCCGGCAGUGGCUCAAGCCCUGGUCGAGCGACAUUCAGGAUCACCCCGAGAAGCGAUUCACCGAGCGGACGAUGGACGAGUUCUUCGCAUGGCUGGAGCAGCAAGGAUUCGGGGUCGCUAGGAUCCGGGUCACGAACGGCAUGUUAAGCAAACCCGUUAUGGUCAAGGGCCGCGAAAGAGAAGACAGUACGUAUCUACAAAGAGUUGCAAGGUGGUAUUUGCUGUUUGACACCCUCCAACGAACGCGCGGCUUGCCAAGCUAUCUCGAUCUCGUUGUCAGCACGGCAAUCACCCCCUUAUUACCGCUCAGCGUACCCUCCCUGAGUCGUCCCCCGUUGUUUGGCUACUUUGCACACGAAGGUUUUCUUGACGUUCCGCUUCCGUCGUUUGAGCUUUACGGUAGGUUACGAAAGUGGCGGAAAAACGUUGUGUUGGCCCAUCCGUGGAUCAGUCGGAACCCGAAAGUAUUUUGGAGGGGCCCCCCAGAAGGAUCGGGAAAAGGGGGCGAAAAAGAGCAUUGGAAAAACCACCCCAGUGCAGCUAUGGUUCGCCUUGGGAGGAAGAUUCCGGAAGCAGUGGACGCGAGGUUUGAGGACUGCCGACCGGUUGGCUGCUCAGAGGAGCUCUGGCGGAAAGUUUACCGAAACGAGUUGACGACAGAGACUAACGUAAGUUACUCGGAUUACCUACGGCACAGGUUCGUCGUGGCUACAGACACCUCGUCCUUGGAGAGUCGAUUCUCCUACCUGUUGUCGACAAUGGCCGUCGUCUUGAAACCGAAGUCGUUAACGAAGGAAUACUUUGAGGAGUUUCUCGUUCCGUUUGUGCAUUUCGUUCCACUUGAAGCGCAAGGGGGGGACUGGGAGGAGAGGAUAAAGGAGUUGCAAGCUAACGUUGUGCGAGUGUCCGAAAUCAGUAGAGAGGCGACCAUAGCGUUUGAAGAACACGUCGUAAACGAUAAGUGGCUGGACUAUGCUUGGGCUCUCGUGUCAGCAUAUGCGCUUCUGCAACAAACGGAACAGGAUUGACCUUCGAAUGAACCGCUUUUGUUGCUACACUUCGUACUUUCAAAGAGUUCAGAAGGAUGGCCCGACACUGUGCUGCGGGGUAUGUAAUGGUGGU